CCAUCACAUUUUCAGCAGUCUUUUAGAGAAGCUGAUGUGACAAGAAGACACGAUUUUGAAGAAGCAGAAGGUUAUAUGAGGAGUUUGGUGUAUAAGAAGAUGUGGUGGAUUGUAUAUCGAAGGACGAACAAGAGGAACAUACACCGAGAUUGCGAGAGUAAGAAGAUAUGUGAGUUGGGAAAAGACUUGGAUGAGUUACUUAAGGGGAGACUAGAGACGAUCGAGGAGGAACCGGAAGCAGAAGAGCGAGAGCGGUUAGGAGAAUCGCAGAAGCCAAUGUUGGUUAAGGCUAAGACAAAAGUGGAGAAGGGAAAGGCAAUAGUAAAAGCAAAAGUGAAGAGUGGGAAAGUGUUUUACAUGUUGUGUGUUAUAGGCUUAGCCUCUAAACGUGGUUUUAAUGAUCUUGUUCUUCACUAAACCCUCUCAACUUUUAAUUUUCUUCUUCCUGAUUUUUGUUUUCUUUACUUGACUGUUGAUGUAUAUAUAUGUGUGUAUUUCUUUCGAUAUACAUGUAACGCAAUUUUGUGUUUGUCCUUU